AUGGCAGCCUCACCACAAGUAUCAAUCCUCUAUGUGCCCGCAGAUUGCGGUUCUAUCGCACCGGGCAAAUUCAAAGCACCUAAAGCAUUCCAAGAAGUCGGAAUCGCCAGCAAACUUGGGAAAGCUGGAGUGCCUAGUGUCAUGGAAAUGGUUGCCUUGGAUUCGCCAGUGACUUGUGAAGCGUCAACCCACUGCCCAGAAAGAAUACGGAACGAGCAGAUGAACAUUGCAGUCUGCAUAUCUGUCGAGUGUUUCGUCAGCGUCGACCUUCAGCGUUCAGGCACCCCUCAACACUUGGUAGAGGAAUGGUCCCUCCAUCCAAGCAGCCUACUACCAUGGUUUCAACUCAUCAUAGGCGGCGAGUGUUGCAUUCUUCCAGCUAUUCUAUCUGCCUAUUGGAAACAUGCAGGUGUGCAGUCACCUGAAAAGCGCGUUGGUUUGAUUUACAUUGACGCCGAUACCGAACUUACUUCCCCGACGGAUCCAAGUUCAACUGGGACUUUUGCUGGGAUGACCAUGGCGCAUCUACUUCGGCUACCAGGUGCACUUCCACAAAUGCAGCAAUUCACUCGUCCAUCAGGCGAGCCAGUCUGCGAUUACACAAACACCGUCCUCUUCGGCACAAACAUGCAUCUACCAGGAAACAAACCCGAGCAUUUCCAAUACCUUUCUGACAACUACUACAAAGUAAUCAGCUCGGAUGCGGUGGCAAAGUCCCCUGAACACUGUGCGACAGAAGCACUAGAGUAUCUUGACGACGUGGAUGUGAUUAUGGUACACUUGGACGUUGACUCGAUUGAUCCGGGGACGUUUCCAUUGGCGGAUGUUCCAAACUUUACUGGCGUUGAGUUUGAGGAGAUGAUGAGGGCGUUGAAAAUAUUGCUUAGAAAUAACAAAGUCGGUGGGUUGGUUGUUACAGAAGUUAACCCUGAUCAUGAUCCAGGACUGGUUAUGGUUGAUAGGCUGGCAGGGCGUAUCGCGGACAUGCUUGGCGAGAGAAGUAUGAUAAUGAUGGGGAAUCAGCAGUUGUAG